AUGGACAUCGUUAACAUAGUUGUUAUUGCUAGCACUACCUUCAAGGCUAUAGAAAUGGAGCAUAGAGGAAGAGAUACUCGACGAGUGUCAGCUCCAAUCGAAGAUACAAGGACUAGUGUCAGGGCUAAGAGUAGUAGUGCUAUCGGGGCUAAACCUAAACUCAGUCAUGAUUGGAACCGAAGCAGUACUCAGCUCGCAUUACUUCCUUCUAAACGAGGAGGUUUGUGUCGUAAUAGUGGAGAACUGUUGCUAUAUACAGCAUUAAACAACUCCCAACUCUCCGAUAGACAAAAACGUUUGCCAAAGUUGAAUACCGAUCCCAAUAAUGCAAAUGAAAUGAAGCCUACUUUUAGAAAUCCUAGAUACCUGGUUAAUGCAGAACAAAAAUUACAAAGACCUCAGGUUCGAAGAUGGAACAGUUCCAACGAUGCUCAACCCCUGAGCAUUAGUCCUACCGUUGUUGAGCGUCCUGAUAGGUUUAGAAGUCAGAGAGCUCUCUGUAACAGCAACAGCAGUUCAACGUUGUCAGUUCUUAACGAUCAGUACGAUACUACCCGACCUCAGGUUAACUAUGUCUCUACUGAUAAUACGUUCCGAGAUUUGAAUAAGGACAUAAAGCCCUUUAAGGAAAGUAAAGAUGAUAAUAUAUCAAAUGAGAAUACGGAUACACUUGCGUUGAAAUUUUACACAAGGAUGUCUAAUGUCAUAAGCAUUGCACAGAAUGGAAUAAACUCAUUGGUUCCUUCAAGGUUCAAUAGCAUGGUUGAUACCAGUUAUGGGACCGGAAGACCAGCAAAGUCUACCCUUUUGUUGCAUUCAGAAAGUGAAGACGAAGAGGAUGAUGGCCACGAUGCAGACGAAGAGAAUUAUGAAGAGGAUAGUGAAUCAUUUUCAGGUGCGUUUAGGGAUGGUUCUAGAAGCUACGAUAACUCCGUUUGGGAUUCACCUGCAAUAAGUAGUUUGAAGGUUGGCAAGAAGGAGUCAGUGGGUAACAUUCAGGAUAUCAUGAAAGAAAUUACUGAUUUCCAGAGUAACUUUGUUAAUAAGUUUGGGGAUGAUACCAACCUUAAUAACGAGAAGUUUAAUCGUACUCAGCAGCGUAUUCUUGACUACAAGGAGUUAGAAAACAAUACCAGUCUUCAAGGACUGAAUAACCCAAUUGCAUUUGAAUCUUAUAAUUAUCGGAUACAAUAUGAGACAAUCAUCAACCAAUACAACUCUAUUAGAUUUCGGUUUGCCAGCAAGACUAUUACUAAGGACAAUAAGAUCAGGGUAGACACAGGAGUUCUUGGUUUCAUUAACCGUCAAGAGAAAUUUGACUAUUUAAAAGCAACAGACUCAAAACAGCCGAAACUUAUCUCUGAACAAGAUAAAGAUGAGUAUCUUCAGAAGUUAUGGGAUAAGGAAAAUAGCCAAACAUUCAAAACUGUUAGUGAGAAUCCGGAGAAUACUUGUUCGAACUCAAGCGUUGUGAGCUCCAACACUAAUUUUUCUGCAUCUUGUACAAAUACCAGCCUGAGUACGACAAACAUGAAUAUGCUUGAAAUGGCCCGUUCUGUCAAACUUGGCCAAGCCAAUAUUUAA